AUGACCAACAUUGGCGACCGUGAGAUCAUACUGCCCACCCACACUAUAUUAGGCAUGUGGGUCGAAGGCGAUAUGGUACCGCGAACCCAAGGUUUGGUGACAGUCGGGUCGGGGAAGUACAAGGAAUGGCAAACUCUGGCAUAUGAGGCUACGACGGAUCGAGUGAACGAACUCCCGAAAGAACCGAUCGGACCAUUGGUAGAUCGUCCUACGUAUGCCGCUCCCAAACGCAUCUUGAAACGUCCGUCUGAUGCGUUACAGAACCUGUCUCCGGCGAUCUCCACGGUAACGCCGCAAGCUAACGAUGACGAUUCGAAAAAGGCAGAUGCUGUAGUUGCGAGGGAAGUAACGGUCAGGGGAGCCGAACUAUCGCGGAUGGAGAACGGUCAUGAGAUCGGUACCCAACAUGCAACGAGGGAGACCGCGACACCGGGCAAGAAGGGCUACGUGACAGAUCGUCUCUACCGAAGGCUGAGCCGACCGACCGACUGUUGA